AUGCCUCAGGGGUGCUCUUCUGUGCUUCUAUUAAAGCAGUGUUGGGGCUACCCAGUCAUCAUGGCACUGUCCCCACACUCUGAGUGCAAAUUCUUCCCAUCUAUUGGUCUAUGUGAUGAAAACUCACAUCAGGAAACCCACGAGGCUCUCCACAGGGACACUGACCAUGCCUACAGGCCAGAUCUCAUUUGCCAACAUCUGGAAGUUCUUGUUGCUUUUGCCUGGGAAAACAUCAAUGCUCUCUACAAGUUCUACUUUAGAGAAAAAUGGGACACCUCCUUUGUUGAAGUCCCCAGCCACAAACUCCACUUUCAGCUGAACCACAGGAUUCAUCUGCAGCAUCUGAGUCAUCUGGGCAGUCAGUACAAAGUGGGCUUCAGACUGAUGAGCUCUGGGACUCAAGGAGGUGGCAACUGUUUCUACUGUGCCUACUCCUCAGGUGUGCCAACUUCUCAGGAAUGAUAUUGCUUCUUCUAUGUGGACAUUUUGGUUGCUGCCUGGGAAGAUGGUCACCAAAGUCGUGACAAGGUGCAUUGGCUUGGAAGUCCCUGUUGCCUCUGCACUGGUGGUGCUAAGACCAUGGACGUGGGACUGCUGUAUAAUACCUCAAACACUAUGCAGGCAUGCCUGGUGUCCUGCUUCCAGCAGCUGAUGGUGGAGAUCUGCUCCAGCAAGAUCCCAGUUCUGCAGCCACAAACAGCAUCCAUCCAGCCUAGGGGGCUUCCCAGUGGCCUUCAGUCAAACCUACUAUGCAGUGUGACCAAGGUGAGCAUUCUCCACCAGGGGCUUAACUACCAUGUUGUGGAUGAGGCAACAAUACACUCUGUUCCACAGGGGCACUAUGCCAUGGGCAGCCCCUGA